AUGCAGAGAUACUAUACUAAAUUCAAGCCUCAAAGUAGCUCAAGCAAGAUAAGUAGGAAAUCACAAUGGAGAGGUUAGAGCUAUUGGCCAAGGAAACAUAUUAAUCAGUCAAAUAGAAUUAAAGCAGAUAUCAAUACAGGGAGCUAAAAUAGAUCAUAAACAUGCCUGUAUUCUAAAACCAUGGGAUCAUUUAGAAAAAAUCAAAAGCCAACAAAGGAAAGCUUCAUAUAAACAUGUUUAAACAACAAUACAUUAAACUAUAUGAAUAAAGAGAUGAAAUAAAUGGGAAAAUAAGAAUGA